CAGGAAGGAGUUGAUAACCAGGAAGGAGUUGAUAACCAGGAAGGAGUUGAUAACCAGGAAGGCAACAGAGUGGGGAGCUUGGCACAGCCGUUCAGAAAGAAUCUCACUAGCACGCACACUGGCUCAGCAGCACAACACAGUCCGCCGCUCGCGUGAGUCUUUACUGGGGGCCCCAAGCUGUCGUCCAUCAUGUCAUCGACCAUGCAGGACUACCUCGACCGAGACGACGAUCCAGAGACAUAUCCGCCAGGUCUUGCGGGGCCAAGUGCAGCAGCACAACGUUUUCUGGUGCCAAGCAUGCGCACCCAAGGUGGCCGCAUCGGCUCAGGUGAUGAGGUGAUGAGGUCCACCGAGGAGGGUAUCACACUAGCACAGGAGUACGGGGGGGUCGAUUGCUUCGGGAUGGAGGCGGCUGGUUUGGUGGAGGGCGACCACGGAGAUAGCCAUCAGAGCGACGACAUGCAAGGUGUCGAGCCGCUCAACGCGGGGGGCGUUGUCUGUGCGCGCCUGGAGGACAUGUCCGGGGUGGAGAGACCACGGGGACUGCCGCGUCGGACUGCGGAAGCUGGCGCUGUGAGGCAGCAGCGCCUUAGGGUCAAUCGCAAGUCAGAUUGGCCUCUGCUGACCAACAAAGUGCACUGUUACCUCUGUGGUCUUGGCCACUUGUUGCCAGAAUGCGACGCAGGUCCCAAAACCAUACGAGCAGAACGCAACCGGAGAAUGGCACAGGGGCGUUGUCUCGCAUGUGGCGUGGCUGAUCACUGGUACAGGGACUGCCGCUACAAACAUCUGGUGGAGGAAUGAGUGCGCGCCCGUCAUCAUAUCAACGAUACAAUAGAGAGUUUGUCCUUUGUAGUCAAUAUACUAUGG